GACUGCGGACACAGUACAGGGGAUGACCAGAGACUGCGGACACAGUACAGGGGAUGACCAGAGACUGCGGACACAGUACAGGGGAUGACCAGAGACUGCGGACACAGUACAGGGGAUGACCAGAGACUGCGGACACAGUACAGGGGAUGACCAGAGACUGCGGACACAGUACAGGGGAUGACCAGAGACUGCGGACACAGUACAGGGGAUGACCAAGAGACUGCGGACACAGUACAGGGGAUGACCAAGAGACUGCAGACAGUAAAGGAGAUGACCAGAGACUGUGGACCUUUGGGCAGGGAGGGGGAGCGGCCGUGCCCACUGCGCAUGCGUGAGAAG